AGGUUAUGUAAGGACCGACGCUGGAGAAGAGAAGCAGGUACAGGGAGUCGAACAUUUAAUAUGGAACAGACAUCAAACGGAGACAGCGUCAGAACCGGCAAAGACAAACAAACAUUAAUCCUGAAGCAGGGAACACAGCUUGGUAACAAACAGAUAUAGUAAUAACACAGGUGAUUGAGUCCAGGUGAGUCCAAUCAUUGCUGAAGCGCGUGAUGAGGGAAGGCAGGUGUGCGUAAUGAUGGUGGCAGGAGUGUGUAAUGCUGGGAAGCCUGGCGCAUUCGAGCGCGAGGAGGGGGAGCGGGUGCAGGUGUGACAAGUUAUUGUUUUUCUUGCCUCUGAAAAACAGGCUUCUCACGGUUAACGAGACAGGAUUAUGGAAGGCUGGCCACAUGAGACUAGCUAAUAAUUAACAGGGGUGAAUAAAUAACUUUUAAUCCCCCCUUUAUAAAUAAGUGUACAUUAUAUAAGUGUAUGUAUAUGACCCCUUUACCUUUUAUAUUUAAUAUAUUUAUAUUUAAUUAUAUUUUAUAAUUAAGUUGACAUUCCUCUUUUAUUCACAUUACCCUUUUAUAUUACAUUUUUAUAUACACUACCCUUUUACAGUAUAUUACCCUUACAUUACUCUUUUAUAAUUUAUUAAAAUAAUGGCCAAAACGUAAUUAACUGGGCCCUAGGUUGGUAAAAUACAAAUACGUUUUUUUGACAGUGGCUACAUUCUCAGAAAAACAAUAUUACAUAACAAGAUCAAGCAAGAGUUUAAUUAUAAUCCUCUUUGAAUAAGCUUCACUGAAGAAUUCAUCUGUGAAUGCUCUUGUAUGAUCAAAAGCUACAACUGUUUGGCUUGUGGGAUACAGUUAAUUUAGCAGACAAAUCAUUGUUACAGUGAAUUAAUUGUCCUACUUUCCAGCUUCUAAGACCAUCUCUUUGUAUUAGAAAGGUGUCUUGAGAUUAGCUUUUAAGUCUGUUAGACACUGGGAGACUUAGUUGGGGACUUAAAACUUCUUCAGGAUUGGUGGGUCCCCUGCGGGACGGUUGCGCUAACGUAGGCUCAUGCGAUUAGCAUGAGGUUGUAAGGAACAAGAACAUUUCCCAGGACAUCGACAUAUCUGAUAUUGGCAGAAAGCUUACAUUUUUGUUACUCUAACUGCAUUGUCCAAUUGACAGUAGCUAUUACAGUGAAAUAAUACCAUGCUAUUGUUUUAGGAGAGUGCACAGUUUUGAACAUGAAAAGUUAUUAAUAAACAAAUUAGGCACAUUUGGGCAGUCUUGAUACAACACUUUGAACAGAAAUGCAAUGGUUCAUUGGAUCAGUCUGAAACGUUGCACAUUUCAGACUGCUGGUGCGGCAGGGUAGCCUAGUGGUUAGAGAGUUGGACUAGUGACCGAAAGGUUGCAAGUUCAAAUCCCUGAGCUGACAAGGUACAAAUCUGUCGUUCUGCCCCUGAACAGGCAGUUAACCCACUGUUCCUAGGCCGUCAUUGAAAAUAAGAAUUUGUUCUUAACUGACCUGCCUAGUUAAAUAAAGGUUUAAAAAAAAUACAACAUCUAAAUUGCACCUCGGCUGGACUUACAUUAUGGCCUUUCUCUUGCAUUUCAAAGAUGAUACAAAAAAAAGACAAAAACGGUUGUUGUUUUUUCUUUGUAUUAUCUUUUACCAGAUGUGUUACAAUAUGUUAUAUUCUCCUACAUUCCUUUCACAUUUCCACAAACUUCAAAGUGUUUCCUUUCAAAUGGUACCAAAAAAAUGCAUAUCCUUGCUUCAGAGCCUGAGCUACUUUCAGGCAGUUAGAUUUGGGUAUGUCAUUUUAGGCGAAAAUAGAAGAUAAAGGGUCCAAUCCUUUUUAAGUCGGUCAGAGUCCACCUGAUACAACAACAAGAGUUGAUGUUUUGCAUUCUGUUCAACCUGCCGUCUGAUUUCUCCUAUCAUUCAGAUGAAAGAUGGCAAGCUACAAUGGAAGCAUAAGCUCAUACCUUCUCAUAUCUUUACUGGUUGCUUCUUGGAGAAUCUACGAUGGUGGGAAAAUUCUGGUAUUUCCCUUAGAAGGUAGCCACUGGGUGAACAUGGACAUUCUGAUCAAGGCUCUUCACUCUCAGGGACACACCAUCACAGUAGUACGGACAACUCAAAGUUGGUAUAUUAAAGAAGAGUCUCUACAUUACAGUUCUAUUACAAUACCUGUCAUUGAUGGUGUGGAAUUUGAGGAAUUUGUAAAGCCAAUCAUAAAGAAAGUAAUUGAUUUAGAGAGAGGAACAAGCUCUGUAUUAAACUUUAUACGUUUGCAAAUCGAGAUGUUCUCUGCAAUGUCUAAGGUUCAUGGACUGGAAUGUGACAUGGCAACUGCUGUAUUGGAAGACAAGGAUUUAAUGAAGACCCUGGAGGAGAACCAGUAUGACCUGGUGCUUACUGACCCAGCAUGGGGGACCGGUAUUUUGGUGGCUCAUUAUCUUCAGCUACCUCUAGUCUACAAUGUACGGUGGAUAACCAGUGGAGAGGGACAUUUAGCCAUUGCGCCAUCCCCCAUGUCUUAUAUUCCAAUGACUGGAUCAGGGCUCUCACACAAAAUGACCUUCACAGAGAGAGUAAAGAAUAUGAUUUUCUAUUUGCUUUGGGAAGUUCAGUACAGACUUGUAAUCCAGCCACAUUACCAGGCUGUUUGUGAUGAGUUUUUCCAACCAGGUGUGGACUUCUAUGAGUUAUUACAGGGGGCUGAUCUAUGGCUCAUGAGAGUUGACUUUGUGUUUGAGUUCCCUCGUCCCACCAUGCCUAAUGUUAUCUAUAUGGCAGGGUUCCAAUGUAAACAUGCAAAGCCUCUUCCCCAAGAACUAGAGGAGUUUGUUCAGAGUUCUGGGGUGCAUGGAGUCAUUAUCAUGUCUUUGGGGACUUUUGUGUCUGAGUUUCCACAUGAUAUAGCUGAUGUGAUAGCUGCUGCUUUUGCCCAACUGCCUCAGAAGGUAAUCUGGAGACACAAAGGAGACAGGCCAGCUACUCUGGGCAACAAUACCUUACUAAUUCAAUGGAUGCCGCAAAAUGAUCUGUUAGGACAUCCAAUGACGAGGCUGUUUGUAGCUCAUGGAGGAACAAAUGGGGUUCAAGAGGCUAUUUACCAUGGAAUUCCUGUUGUGGGUCUACCUCUGUUUUUUGAUCAAUAUGACAACCUCCUUCGUCUGAAAAAAAGAGGAGGAGCAAAGAUUUUAUCCAUGGCAACAGUAGACAAGAACAAUAACUUCCUGGAGGCCUUGCAGGAAGUUCUGGAUGAGCCAUCCUACAGGACGAACAUGCAGAGACUCUCCAGGCUACACAGGGACGUGCCAAUGGAACCCCUGGACACUGCCCUCUUCUGGAUUGAGUUUGUCAUGAGACACAAAGGUGCUGCUCACCUGCGUACAGAGUCCUACAGAAUGCCUUGGUACUCCUACCACUCUGUAGAUGUUGUCCUGAUAUUGUUGGCUGUUGUAGUAGUGCUUCUUCUUCUUCUUGUUGCAAUAGUCAGAUAUUUAAGCGUUAGAAGUUGCUUGAAAAGAAAGAUUAAAAGUGAAUGAACAGAUCCAAUUCUCCACAUUCUGGUACACAAAAAUAAUAGGAUAAGUAUGAAUCAAAGCUGUAAUAUGUAGCUUUUAGGGUGAACCAACAAAAUGCACAUAGAUAUGUGUGUUAUAGAUCUGUCAUUCUCAUUGAAAGCAAGUCUAAGAUGCCGUGGAUAUAUUCUAUGUGCACUAUUUCUAUGAUUCCCGUGUUUAAGUUUAGUUUUUGCGUAUUUUACUUUCGGUUUUGUACACCAGCUUCAAACAGCUGAAAAUGCAAUAUUAUUCGUUAAUUAAGGAAAUAUAUAUUUCACAAUCUUUAGAUGGUACAAUGAUUAUUUACACUAAACGUGUUUGUUUUGUCACAUAAACUGAAAUUAGGCGAACUAUUACAAUUUUAUCAACCAGGAAAUGGCAGAGCGAUUUCUGCAUAGUGCAUCUUUGAAUCAUGAAAAUGUAUAAUGUUGAAUUGAUGACAUAAUAAAAUGUUAAUGUGUAAUUUAGUGUGGAAUAUAUUUAUUUGUCAAGUAUUUCCAGUUGUUUGUGCAUUUUGUGAUUCAAUGCCACACUGCAAACAUUUACUGUAUGUGUUAAAUUCACAGUGUUAAUGUUUUUUUUACUCUGUGUAGGUUAGAAAAAUAUAAAUAAAAUCCUACCCAUCAUUA